GAAAUGGAGAAUUAGAUUCGAAACUCUUCUUUAUCUUGGCUCUAUAAUAACAAUAUUCUCUUCCCCACUUAGCUUCACCGCCAGCUAAAAAUGGCGGAAGAGAUUAUCCUAUUGGAUUACUGGGCGAGUAUGUUCGGGAUGAGGACAAGGAUUGCUCUGGAGGAGAAAGGAGUGAAAUAUGAGUAUAGAGAAGAAGAUCUGAGUAACAAAAGCCCUUUACUUCUUGAGAUGAACCCUAUUCACAAAAAGAUUCCGGUUUUGAUUCAUAAAGGUAAACCGAUCUGCGAAUCGAUAAUCCAAGUUCAGUAUAUCGACGAGCUCUGGCCCGACACAAACCCGAUUCUUCCUUCGGAUCCUUACCAGAGAGCUCAAGCUAGAUUUUGGGCAGAUUACAUUGACAAGAAGACAUACGUACCAUGCAAGUCUUUAUGGUCAGAAACAGGGGAGAAACAAGAGGCAGCGAAGAUGGAGUUCAUUGAAGUACUCAAGACACUUGAUUCAGAGCUUGGAGACAAAUCUUUCUUUGGAGGAAACGAAUUUGGACUUGUGGACAUUGCCUUUAUCGGAUUCUAUAGUUGGUUCCGUACUUACGAGGAGGUAGCAAAUCUUCUUACCAUUGUAGAAAAGUUUCCUAAGCUAAUCUCGUGGGCACAGAGGUGCUUGAAGAGAGAGAGUGUGGCUAAGACCUUGCCUGACUCUGAUAAGGUUUUUCAAUAAGUCGGGUAUAGACCGAUGUAUGACUGGCAAUAAAUAUGCUCACAACAAGACCCUCAAGAAUAGAAUUGCCUUCAAACCCAAGUUCACGCGCAAUAGACACGAUAGGGCCAUUCAUCACUCUGCAAGAACCAACUGGCAACUGAUAUUAUAAGUAGUAAGCUUCCGAAAAAGUAAUCCAUAUAAUUGAUAUCAACCUGACUAACUCAUAUUCUUCUCACUGGAAGCUAACGACAUGACAAGAUGGGGACAGAUCAACACUCUGUUACUCUGUAAAAACAACCUAAUCAACAUCAUUGUAAUAUGUAAGCUAAGCCCUCCAGAGUGAUUGCUCUUAGGACUUUCACCCCACCUCAAGGCUCAAACUGGAGCUGUUAACACAACAAAGCAUUACACUAUUACACGAACAGAUAUUAAUAUCCUUGUACAGAAAUCAAACUAGGCCAGUGAAACAAAAAAACAUGGAUUGUUUCUACAAAGGCACAAAUUUGGCGAGACAGAUACUUAAACUUGAAAGAAGAUGCAAUGUGAUAACCAAAGAGAAAAUUGUCCAUAGAAGCAACUGAUACAUGAGGAAAAGCCGAUAACUGGCGUAACCCGAUUCUUCCUCUUCGGAGACCGAAAGAAGCGGGAAAAGGGAGAGGCUUUACGAGAGUGGGUGAGUCGGGUCGGGUAAGAAAAGGUUAAUCGGGUCAGAGCAUUGGGUUGAUGUAGAAGUACGGUAUUCGUCACCCACAUGAUCGGAGAGCUAGACUAGACGGAAGGAGAGAAAUACGUCGGAGAAGCGAAUGAGGAGAGAAAAAGGAAAUUGAAGAAAACGAAAUUAACUUGUAAUCACGUGACUGUCACGUGCUCAAAAGGAUAUUUCCUUUUUGUUUUUGCGUCCAAUUAUAUAAAAAGGCAAUAUUUGACCUUGA